CAGCUGCUGGAGGCGCAGCUUGAAGGAGGCCCGCCCCGCUGCCGGAGCCUGGAGGAGAUCCUCGGAGGAGCGACAGUCUGAACGUCGGUGGUUCUUCCCGCAGCGCAGCGAUGGUUUGCGGGGGUUUCGUUUGCACCAAGAACGCGCUUUCCGCGCUCAACAUCCUCUAUGUGAUGGUGAGUCUGCUCCUGAUCGGGGUGGCCGCCUGGGGGAAAUGGUUCGGCCUGGUCUCCAGCAUCAGCGUGGUGGCGGGGGUCAUCGGGGUGGGAGUCUUCCUCCUCUUCGUGGCCUUCGUGGGUCUGUGCGGCGCCCUGAAGCACCACCAGGUGCUCCUCUUCUUCUACAUGGUCAUCCUCUUCAUGGUGUUCGUGUUGCAGUUUUCCAUCUCCUGUGCGUGUCUGGCUCUCAACACAGAACAGCAGAACCAGCUGCUGGAGGUGGGAUGGAACAAAUCUGAGUCCACGCAGAUGGACGUGGAGAAGACGCUGAACUGCUGCGGCUUCUCGUCCGUCAACCUCAACCAGACGUGUCCUGCUCGUUGCGUCUCCGAUUCCUCCUGCUCCUCCUGCGCCAGCAUCCUGCAGACGUACGCCGGGGACGUGCUCCACUUCGUUGGCGGCGUCGGCCUGUUCUUCAGCUUCACGGAGAUCCUCGGAGUCUGGCUGACUCACAGAUACAGGAACCUGAAGGAUCCGCGGACCAACCCGGGAGCGUUCCUGUAACCGUGACGAUCCACCAGACCUGCACUUUCUUUAUUUAACCACAACCUUAAGAAUGUUAUCCACCUAUAAGCUCAUUAAAUUAGUGUCAAAACACCAG